AUGUUUGUAAAAUAUAUUAGUGCAGUGACUUGUAUUGCCUGUUUUUUAUAUACUUUUUAUAUUUUAUGCAACUUAACAUAUUUUUUAUCAGCCCAUGAUGAAAGUAAAGAAACAAUUAUUUCAUUAAAAAAGGAUGAGAGCAUUGAGUCUACAUUAUGGUUGCUAAUAAUAAAUAUGUCCCUACUAAGCAUUUUUAUGCUGCAACAUUCUCUUAUGGCUACCGAGUUUGUGAAACAUUUAUUUUGCAAACUACAUAUGGAUUACAUGGAAAGAAGUAUUUAUAAUAUUGCUAGUGCCAUGACUCUUCAUUUACUUUUUAGUAAAUGGCAAAACAUUUCAUCCACUGUAUUAUGGGAAGUUAAUACAUCUUCUAAUAAUGUUUUAUGGUUCACAUUUACCGCUUUCCAUGUGUUGGCUUGGUCAAUAAUUUACAGUGGAUGUUUAAUGAUGGAUAUAUCUGAAUUAGCUGGAAUAAAACAAGUAUAUUAUAAAUUUUCAUUCAGGCCAAGUCCCAUGGUAAUGAAAUCUAAAGACUUACUACGUUAUUACUCACAUAUGAGACAUCCAAGUUUUACAGGAUUCCUUAUAGUUCUGUGGAUAUACCCUUACAUGACAUUGGACAGAUUAUUAUUGGCAUCAAUAUUCACAUUCUAUAUGGCCUUGAUGUGGACUAUUGACAAGGACGACUAUAAUUAUCAUGCUAAUCUUGUGAAAAUAAAGCAAACAGAAUUGUUUUGA